AUGACCUUGGGAAAUUUAGCCCAGCGCUCCAGAGAAUGUGAUCUCGACAAGAGUGUAGUAUUAGCUCCUGAGCUGUUUUUCGACAAAUUGGUCUUUUCUGCAGUGGUCCUUUUGUUGGCAUGGGUCUCGUAUAGCCUGUCCUUCUUGACAUCGGACUUCUUCAUCGUUGUUAUCAAGCCGCUUGGCACUGCCAGGUGUGCUUCCAGGGUAUACCAAAGUGGUGACGUGAACGAUAUCUCGAAGAAUCUUCCAUCUGGUAUCAGAAAAGCAGAGACUUCUCCUUCCUACUACUACAACAACUACUACUACUACUACUACUUCUACUCCUCCUCCUCCUCCUACUACUACUACUACUGCUACUGCUACUACUACUACUACUACUACUACUACUACUACUACUACUACUACUACUACUACUACUACUACUACUACUACUACUACUACUACUACUACUACUACUACUACGUCUAA